UUAAAGAGGAUCGAACAAGGAAAAUGAGAAAUAUUUGCACUGGAGCUUUCAAGUGCAAAGCGUUGUAUUUUUUUACGAAGAAAUUUUCUAUUUGUCAGCGAACAGUUCGAGUAUGGCUGUAAGAUUUGGCCUUGUGCAAAAAGAGAAUGGUUCGAGAGUUCCUUUGGAGAGCAUCAAGAUUAAAGUCGACGUGCAGGGUUUUACAGCACACGUGUUGGCAACGAUGAAAUACUCGAACAAGGAGAGCAAUCCCAUUGAGGCAAUUUUUAUUUUUCCUCUGGAUGAACAGGCAGCUGUGUGUGGAUUCCAAGCCACAAUCGACGGUCGAACCAUCGUGGCAGAGGUUCAAGAGAAGCAAGAAGCUCAAGAUACCUAUGACGAUGCCAUUAGCAGCGGUCACAGCGCGUUUCUGCUGGAAGAGAGCGACGAAAGCUCGGACAUUUUUCAGAUUAGCGUUGGAAACUUACCGCCGGAGAAGGAGGCUGUCGUCGAGCUGCGGUUCGUGACAGAGCUUGCCGUCGAAGCCGAAGGUCGAGUCGUGUUUGUACUGCCAACGGUGUUAAAUCCCAGGUACACUCCUCAAGACAGUGCCCCUAGUCUUAGCGCACAAGUUCCACGAGUAGCCGCCGUUUCAUCGCCAUACGGGUUCGAGUUUGAGAUGAAAGUGAAAGCUAUUUCCUCCAUCAGUGAGAUUUCUUCUUCGUCUAACACUUUGAAGGUCGAGAUAAACGAGAGCGAUGCAACGCAAGCCAAUAUAACGCUCGCGGAAGCGCACAAGUUUGACAAAGACGUGGAGAUACACAUUUUGACGAGAGAACCUUUCAAACCGCAAGCAAUCGUAGAGAGAGGAGUGAAAACAGAAGGAACGGAAGACGAGGAAGGAUUCAUGGCAAGUCCUGUCGUCAUGCUGAAUUUUUUCCCAGAAUUCAAAACCUCAGAGUCGUCGGAAAAGGGCGAAUUUGUGUUUGUGGUUGAUCGCAGUGGAAGCAUGAGUGGAAGUAAGAAUGACAGCGCUCGGGAAACACUCCUUCUAUCCCUUAAGAGUCUGCCGGACGGUUGUUAUUUUAAUGUUGUUGGUUUUGGAAGCAGCUACAAGACACUGUUCGAUAAAAGUGUGCUGUACAAUGACGAGAAUUUAAAGAAAGCCACCGAUCUUACUGGGAGCAUGGAAGCCGAUCUCGGAGGAACCGAAAUCCUUUCCCCUUUGCAGUGGGUGUUUUCUCAGCCCCUGGUUAAAGGUCACCCAAGACAGCUGUUUCUCCUGACCGAUGGUGAAGUUGGAAAUACUCAGCAAGUUAUAAGUUUGGUCCAAAAGCACUCCAACAGCGCCAGGUAUGCAUUUUUGUUCUUUUUUAUUUGAAAUGUUCUUGUGUUUGCUUCUUUGGAAAUGUGUUAUCUCCAUAUUUCACAAUAUUAAUUUGUAGUGAUUCUAUGUAGAAUUUUGAUUGUUUCUAAUUUUUCAGUGCAUUAACAUAAGCAGCAGAGUGGGGGGGAGGGGGGGGAGGUGGGAUGGGAUACAGGAGACUACAGCCCCCUCAAGUGCAGAAAAGAGCAGUUCUGCCCCCCUCCCCCACACAUUUAAGUGCCAAUGAUAUUACCAGAGCAGCAUAACAUUAGUUUGAGAAACAUUCAGUCUUGUUGUCUUUUCAAAUCAUUUCAUCAGGAUCAUGCUUGGCAAAAUUAUAUAUGGUUGGACUUUUUUAUUUGAAUGAAAAGCUCUGGCUUGUGUUCAAGAAGCAAAAACAAUCAGGGGAGGAAAAAUAAUAGGCAGAGUAUACACUUGGUUUAGUACACAGGAUGCACCCUGCACCCCUCCCCCCCUCCCCACAUACCUCAGCGCACUUUGCAAUGUGUUUUAAUCUUUAAUUGCGACUUUUAGGCCAACAGUAUAAUCUGUACCUUACCUGGAAAACAUAGGAAUUAGUACAUGUAGGUCUGUUAGGGAUUUUAUGUAGUAUUAGGCAUUUAAGAUCUUUUUUCCCAUCCUGAGUCCUAACCCUUUAACUCCCAAGAUCUCAUUAUUGAUUCUCCUUAGUGUCUCCCACAUAAUUCAUAUGAUGUUAGUUUGGAGAAUUUGAAAUUGGAUCAACAAAUAAUCCACUAAUUGAUGUUUUUCUUUAUUCUCAUUAUUUGUCUGCUUGAUAUUGUACUGAUAGUGUAAUGAGAAAUUCUUUCUAGGUCACUAGUGGGACUUAAAGGGUUAAUUACAUCAUCCUGCAUGAAUUCUUGGUAUUUGGUGUAAAGACUUUUGUUAUUACAGGUGUAUUGAUAUCUCAUAGUGAAAAAAAAUUGGUUUUAUCAGUACCUCUCUAUAUCAAUGAUUUUUCCCAGCUAGAGGGUCGUAGGGAUAAUCUGCUACACUCCUGCAGAAUGACCUUCUGGUUCCUGUCAGAGGGCAUAGUCUCUCACUUUUUUGGCAAUCAGUUGUAAAGAAAUAAACUGUGGGAGUGUUGAAAAUUUUGGGGGGAAUAACAGAAAUAGUGGGGAAUAACGGAAAAUAAGCACAUUUUGGACUUGUAAUAUAAGGCCUACCCUUUUCCCAACAAAUUUUCCUCUUGACUUAAUUCUGAAGAAGAGUAUUUUCUCAUGAUUCAAUUGUGUUCAAUUUUUGUAGGUGUUUUACAUUUGGCAUUGGGGCUGGUGCAUCAACUGCACUCGUCAAAGGAGUUGCCAGAGUGGGAAAGGGGACUGCAGAGUUUGUCACAGCCAGGGAAGACCGGUUGCAGGCCAAGGUAUGAAAUUAUUUUAUUUGAAAUCUGUUUUGUCAUAGUCAAACCUCCAUGAUCAGUAGAUAAUUUUAAAGACAACUUGGGUGAGAGCCAGAACCAUUGAACUGUCUUUUGAACCUUGCACCUCCUGGGUUAGAGAAUUUGACAUUUUAUUUACAGACACUUAUAAUCACCAACAUGAUUAAGUUCAUUAUGCUCAUCAUUUGUGUAAAUUAACAAAGCAUUAGAUACUGAAGAUAGAAGACACAUGCUGACUACUUCUGUACUGAGCAAAGGGAAGGAGAAGUGUCUUUUCAUGGGAGGCUAUACAGCUGUAGUUAAAAGUUUGUAUCUUUUUGGCAUGUCAGUAGACUUCUAUGUAAGCUUACUGAAGGCUUACAGUGUAUGUUGGCACUGUUUUUUUCUUGAAGUGAUUGUUGCAGUAGUUGUCUUUCUGAAAGCUAUGUACUUUAAAGGUUACUUACACAUGACAAUCUCGUGAAAAUAUUUGACACAUACUCUGUUUGGUCUCCUUGACAAGGACUUUCAAUAGCCAUUCUCCAAUAAAAAUGACAAAAUUUGGGAUUUACAAUGGAAUCAAACAUGAAGGUCAAGAGAAGACAGGAAAUGAUCACAAACUAAAGAGGCUCUUGAUUCUUAAACAAAUUCCUCUUGCUAGUACCUUACAAAAUAUACAGAGAACAGUAUGGAGAGUACACAUACUGAUAUUAGGGUGAGAAGGCUUAAAUAAAACAUAGUACAAGACUACCAAGUAAUGCAUGUCAUGCCCUUUUCUAUUUCAACCAAUCCUGUUAAACACUUAACAAUAAACAUAUAAAUAUUAAUUUAAUGCACCCUUAAACUUUGCAACAAAAUAUAAAACUUAUGCCACAUUUUUAGUAUUAAUGUUACAACAUAUAAAAGUUUUUAUUUGAUAUAAUUCACAACUGGGGAUAUUUAAAAAUAUGUUGUUUUGAAAGAUGUAAAACUUGGCAUUAAGACAAGUAGAUCAUGCAGUAUCACUUGUACUCCAAUAGUCCUGUCAUGCCAUAAGGCAUUCUAGAGUGCAGAGAACAGCAACAACAGAGUCCUGUCAUACAAUAAGGCAUUCUAGAGUGCAGAGAACAGCAACAACAGAGUCCUGUCAUGCAAUAGGGCAUUCUAGAGUGUAGAGAACAGUAACAACAGAGUACUGUCACCCAAUAAGGCAUUCUAGAGUGCAGAGAACAGUAACAACAGUCUUGUCACAAAAUAAGGCAUUCUACAGUGCAGAGAACAGCAACAACAGCAAAAAGAAACUAGAUAGUGAUGACACAAAACUCCUCCAAGGUUUUAAUACUAUUUGAUUUUUUAAUUUUACAAGCUUGAAAAAGAAGAAAUGUUGUGCUAUAUGUGUCAUCAAGAAAGCUCUGUUAUGGGCUUCCAUGCACUGUUAGUAACAGGAUGCCAAAAUACAGUAAAACCAAAUUUUUGUAAUUUAAUUUCGUUCAGCAAAGAAUGACUCUGGUAUAUUUAACUUAAAUAUUAAAAUUAUCGGUAUACACGGUGUAUGUGAAACUGUUUUUGACAGGAGUUCAAACGAAAUAAAGUAGACGACGUGCAUAAAAAUGUAUAUUUAGGUUGCAUUCUCUUUGCAAUUCAACGCACCAGGAGAGCUCCUGGGUGAAAUUUGAGAAAGAUUUCCCUUUCCGAUGAAUCACUCAAACUUGGCCAAGGGUUUCAAGAAGAAAAAACUGGCGUAAUCACCAUCAGCAAAUCAACAAAUGUAGUAUCAAAGUUCACUUUGUUUUAUGGUAGUUGAUAAAGAAAGCCGUCAGCCUGUGCCAGGUCCGAUGAACUCCAUUAUUCACAGCAGGACUUGGGAUGUUCCGUCGCAACUCCAGCACGACGCAUACGUUCAAAGCUGCACCUCGCAGGCUCCGCAGGCGUCUCACAAGUACGAAAACAACUCCAGAACCUGAGUGCUCGGUAAAAAAGAAGAAGAAAUGUUUCGGGUUAUUUUAACUCUGAAGGUAAAAAGAGCAAAAACACAGCAGUUACGAGAAAUCCCAAAUCAAGUCAAAAGGAUUCGUCUCCUCGCUGUUUGGAAGGUCACGAAAGAAAACAAAGGUAGCAGCACUGACUGAAACAUCACUAGAAAUCCCAGCUACGGCCGAAUCUUUAACUUUUGAUGUUAUCUCACCACCGAAAGGUUCUCAAUCUGCCUUGUCAGUUAUCUCAUUACAGAAAGCGUCAGGGUCGUGGAACACCUUACAGACCAGCUGGUGUUCCUGUGCGGUGUCAGCAGAGAUGAUUUGAUCAAAGGGUGUCCAGGAGAGAUUGCAGCUGUAGCAGCUGAAGGAAAGCUGUUGUGGGCCACCAUCCUGGCUCUGGUGCUGCUGAUGGAAAAAUACUUGGAUCAGAAUGAUGAAUGGGAAAUGAUCGAUGAAAAAGGCAAAACAUGGCUGAAGAAGAAUCUUCCUUCGACUGUCACUAUCGCAAAAAUACUGGCGACUGCAGCAACUACAGUUGGAGUUGAAAUUAACUCUGAUCUUUGAAUGGCUCAGAGACGCCUUGAGAAGGAUCGGCUUUAAGAGCCAACGUGAUACAUCAAAAGCACGGCUGCGAAGAAGAUUAUUAGAGCGCGUAAAUACCUUGGGAGAAAUGAAAAAAGUUGACAUUUUCACAGCUAGAACGCAUUUUCCUUAGAGGAAAAAGAUACACACAGUGUAACUUGCUUUUUCCGAACACCAGCCAGCGUUGAACGAAGUCUAGCAGGCUUACAUAUAUAUUAAGGGUUUAUUUACGAAGGACCGAAGUCUUGAUGUGUCUAGCGCCGUCACGUUCAAGAAAUCGUUUUUUGCAACAUAUGUAUUGUGCCACAAGUUAUUACAUAACUCAGUUCAUUCCUCAUUUCUCUUGUUGAUCGUUGUAAUAAAGUUAACGGAAAUUUUUAAUUUAUUGUUUUGUAAUCUUUUUUUUCCUUGUUAUAAACCAUCUUCUAGUUUCAACAGUGUAGCUUCAAGACUGCACUUUUUCUUUAGAAUUAAAAUCUGCACCCACGAUUAUUCGACUAGAUUUGAAAACUGUAAGUAAACCUCUAGCAUCAUUGUUUUGCGAACGACAUUCAUUUCCUGCCGUCCUAGGAGUCGGUGGCAUUUUUUAUCAAUUUCUCUCCAGGGCCCGUUGUCUAAGUUUCUGUAUUGAAAUUCUUCCAGAUUGGUGUGAAUAGGGCUUUUGAUGUUCCUGUUUUUGCCGUUGAUGUUGAAUCGUGGAAAGCUACUGCAUCUUCACAAACCAAAAUGAAGUCGAUUCCUACUAACAAACACAAGAAACACUGUCUAACUUAAACAUUACUAUUGCACACGAUAGUAAAAGUGCUGGGAAAUAAUAAGUGGCUUUAGAUUAAAGUAGUUUUCAACAUUAAAUCAACAGGUAAUCAAGACAUUAAAGCGAGCCCGGCAACCUGUCAUCACAAAUGUGAGCAUGACCUGGAAACUAGACAAAGGCUGGACUGUGCAGCAGAUCCCCUCGUCUCUUCCUCCGCUUUUCAGUGGAGACAGGCUUGUGGUUUAUGGCGUUUUGAAGGCGUCUGGAAACAAAAAAAAUGGCAGCGGAGUGAAUGAAGUGAGACUUACAGGUAACGCAGAAAAUAACGAUGAAGUAGAUCAUAUCAUUCAGUUUGCAUCCCCUGCCACUGAAGACAGCUGGGAUACAGAAGCAAGAACCGAAGAGGGAAUCCUUCUUCAUCAACUAGCAGCCAAAAAUUCCAUCCAAGAAAAACAAAAUGAUGUCAGGGAAUCAGGCGACAGUGGGCCAAGGUCUGAGAAAGCUAAGAGUUAUGUUAUCAGCAUCAGCAAGUCGGCCAAUGUUGUAUCAAAGUUGACGUCGUUUGUGGCUGUUGACAAAGACAGCCGUGAGCCUGUAUCUGGACCGCUUAAAAAACAAGUGGUCAACCUUGACUCAAUGGUAGGUGGUGUGAAACUCGCCCUAAGCAGGCCACAAAACUUUUGUUUAGCGGCUAAUGUUACGGGAGGCGGAAAGGCUUUUGGAAGACCUCCCCCUCCUCCUUCUGGAGCGGUGUCUGCUCAGUCAAAAGGAUUCUUCUCUUCGCUGUUUGGGGGUUCACUGAAGAAAGGAAAGGGAGAAAAAGCAGCACAUUCCCAUGCAGCUCUAAAAUCAGUAUGUCUAGCGGCACCUGAAGCUAAGGUGGAAGGUGAGAGUGGAAGCUACAAGGCCUUUUAUCCUCCAACAGAUAUGCAGAUAGGUUCCUAUAGUGCUCCUCCAGUUUCCCCUCACAGCCAGAAAAAGAAAGGUUCUCAAUCUGCCUUGUCAGUUAUUUCAUUACAGAAAGCGUCAGGGUCUUGGGACCUUACAGAUCAGCUGGUGUCCUUGUGCGAUGCAAGUAGAAGUGAUUUGAUCAAAGGAUGCCUAAAGGAGAUUGCAGCUGACACAGCCGAAGGAGCGCGGUUGUGGGCCACCGCCCUGGCUCUGGUGCUGCUGAUGGGAAAAUACUCGGAUCAGAAAGAUGAAUGGGAAAUGAUCGCUGAAAAAGGCAGAAAAUGGCUCAAAAAGAACCUCCCGGGGAGUUUAACUCUGGAUCAAGUGCUAGAGAGUGCAGCAACCGCAGUGGGAGUUUGGGUCAAUACUGGACUGUGACCAGAUAAAUAUUUAACACUAUUUUAAAUCUUUUUCUCACAAUUACCUCAUUGACAUAAAUUUGAUGUAAAACGCAGAACCGUGGUGCUUAGGGUUGCUGACUCAAAUCCCAUCAGAUUGGGAUAAAAAAAAAGAUAAACUAUGUUUGACCUGGCUGGACAAUGACGGAAUUUUUCUUGUUAGUAGGCCGAUCCGGCUGAUCAAUUUUGGAUUAGUGGCAAGAUUCCCAAUUCAAUUUUUAUUUUAGUAUAAAGACUUACGUAUAGCAAUGUUUAGUGCUAACUCGAUGAUUGAGAUGACUUUUUUACCAACUUGUUUGAGAAUUACCUAAAGAAACAAAGAGAAAAAUCGGUCCAUGCUUGUUUCCUGCUCGUUUCGUCGUUAAGCAGUGCUUAUUUUUAAAUAGCUUAAGGCUAUUUCAUGGCCUGUGCGAGGGAGCCAGUUUGUGGUAACUUGCACAGAAGCGACAUAACGAAAGGGACUAAGAUUACCAAGGGGCCAAGAAACCCACUGGUUUUCUCUCAGUCGUUCAUUCUUUCGUCUCGCACCUUUGACAAUGAAUAAUUAAGCAAGCGUUAUAAUGUAGUGAGAAUACUUUGUCGAAUUUUUGGGAAUUGUAGGAAUUUUUGCUCUCAUGUGUUUAAGAGUUCUGCAAACAUACGGCAGUUGGAGUGUUAUGCUUAGGCUAACGAAUUUAGGAAGGUUUUCACAAUUUGACUUAAAUUAAAUUAAUUGAGUAGCACUGUUAUUCACGUUGUAAAUGCAACGUCCCUCUAAAUAAAUAGAAAGUUAACCGAAUAAUGACGACAGCGAUUACAAUAACGGUGAAGAUAACGACAAUGGUACUGUUAAUGAUAACGCUAUCGAUAACGACAUCAAUACCGAUAGCGAUAACGAUAACGACAUCAAUACCGAUAGCGAUAACGAUAACGACAUCAAUACCGUUAGCGGUAACGAUAAUGAUGACGACAUCAAUACCGAUAGCGAUUACGAGAUCAAUACCGUUAGCGAUAAUGACGACAUCAAUACCGAUAGCGAUAACGGUAGCGAUAGCAAUAACGAUAAAGAAAUCAAUACCGAUAGCGACAACGAUAACGACAUCAAUACCGAUAGCGAUGACGAUAACGACAUCUAUAGUUGAGUCAAGAUUGUUUCAUAGCUUAGUAGUUUUAUUGCUAAAAUUUCCAUUAUUAACUGUGUCAACAAAUGUAAUGUUUACUUGCAGACACAGGCAAAAAAUGUAUAAAGAAACAUUUAUGAGAGAAGGCUUAUACUCUGCCUGAUGGAAACGAUAGAUUUCGCUAAGUUUGGUGUUUCAUUUUCGUUUCUUAUUCGCUGAAAUAAAAUGUUAUUAAAUAUUCGAAAAAAACAAACAGCAUUGAACGUAUACAUAUAGUAUUUUCUUUUAUCGAGAAGCUAU